AUGUGUCACGCGCUGACACACUCGCUGACACAUGCGCAUACGCAUGACCUGCGGAACGCAACACCUGUUCGAGUUGCCCAUUGGCUGCACGAAACCCCUUUACAGCCCCAAUCAGAUGUCGCAUUAUUUUGGUCGUUGGACGAAGAAGUUUUCAGCAGCCUUCGGAUUUCCUUCAUAUCCUUUCAAUAUCUCUAUCUCUCUUUCCUCCUAAAAAAAGUCACCUUUCUUUCUCUCAUCCUUCUCCUCUUCUUUUCUUUUUCUGCCUUCUUCUCAACGAAAUUCGAUUCUUCCGCUUUUUGCCUUCCUUUUCUUGUUUCUUUUCUACAAAAUAUACUUUCAUUAGAUAUUAAUUCUCUUUCAUUCAACUCCUCCAUACUUUCUCUUUUCUGUCACAUCUUCCAUGUAUUUUUCCUUUCUUUUAUCUUUCACCUCGCUCACACCGUCUUUCUUUUUUUUCCUUUACGUCUACCAUCAAUCAUCUUUCUUUCACAUCAUCAAGCUGUCUUUCUUUCUUUCUUUUUCUUUCUUUCUUUCUUUUUUCUUUCUUUUUUCAUGCUUUUUCCUUUUUUCUUUCGCAUCAUCAAGCUUUCUUUCUUUAUUUAUUCAUGCUUUUCCUUUUCCUUUCUUUUGCUUCAUGUCUUUCUUUUUUCUUUCUUUCUUUCUUUCUUUCUUUCUUUCUUUCUUCAUGCUUUUCCCUUUCCUUUCUUUCGCAUCAGAUGUCUUUCUUUCUUUCUUCAUGCUUUUACACAUUUCCUUUCUUUCGCAUCAUCAAGAUGUCUUUCUUUCUUUCUUUUUUCAUGCUUUUUCCUUUUUUUUCUUUCGCAUCAUCAAGCUUUCUUUAUUUAUUUAUUCAUCCUUUUCCUUUUCCUUUCUUUCGCUUCAUGUCUUUCUUUCUUUUUUCUUUCUUUCUUUCUGAUUUACAUUUUUCCUUUCUUUCACAUCAUCAAAUAG